AUGGGAACCACGAGAGUGAAGGAGGCGGAGGAAGCAAAAAGGGGAACCGGUGCCAUCGGCGCUCCUAGCAUGAGCAAUCCCGUAGGACUGGAGGUCGUGCUUACGGCAAUGCAGAGUAGUAAACACACGGGGCAGGAGGAAGGAGAAACGUCAGCCACAGCUCGACAUCGCGCACACUCCUUGCGUGCAGCACAAAAUUCAUACUUCCAUGGCUCGCGGACGUCAGAUCACAUUCAGAGCUCUUCCAGCAGCUGCAGUAGGUUUUCCAAUACUCUGCCCAUGAAAGAUACGGUGGAGCAGUGUAGGCGGAAACUCAAGGAGGCUCUGGGAAACUUGAGCGAGGACUCCGACGCCCCCCCAGCGCUGCGACGUCUUGCCCUUGGCAAGACUGAAGAUGUUAAUUUCCACCGGAGCGAUCUUCAUGUAUUGGGGAAACAACAGGAGGAGGAACACAACACACCAUAUGAAUAUGAUGAACUUUUAGGUGUUGGGGUUACAACAACGGCGCCGCCAUCGCCGCGCGAAGAGAAUGCACGGUGUCGUUCUAGCGAUUCAGAUGAAACAUCGCGAGUCUGCUGUAUUGUUGGUCGUGAGAAUGUGGAGCCAAGUUUAGGUCCUCACAACGACGAUGCAUAUGGCAGGAAUGAGAAUUUUUUCAGCAGACGAAACGUGGGGGCUUCUGGCCCUCCACCUAACUCAACACUGUUGUCACCAAUUUUCCGUGCGUGCUCUUCCUUUGCUUCCUUAAUACGUUCGUUGGGUCAAGGUUUUGCCAUGACGACGACGAUAAGAAGUGCAUUUCCAGGUGGUGAUAACACUGGCUGCCAAGAACGGAUAAUAUCCCUCAAUUCCUCAGAUGCGGAAAAGUUUUUGGAGGCUCCGUACAUACAGAGAAUGGAUGCCAUGUCCCCAAGGUGUCAAACCACUACGGCUGAUGGUGGCGUUUGCGUUCCCCUUGCCUCUGUACACGUUCCUGACGCUUCUGAGGUCCGCCACGACUCCUCUGCCGCCUUGUCAAGUAGUCCACUUGGAGAGCCGGAGUCUGUUUACUUUGCAUCGUCGUAUCCGUGCGAGGGAAAAUGUGAACACUCACAACAUUUGUUUGAAAAAGAUGCUUUUACAAUGGAGAAUACCCACUGUAAGGAGCCGUUCCAGCGCAUUGUGAGUGAUAAGGCCCACCCACCAUGCUUCCACAAUGGGACAGUGGCGACAUUGGGCGGUGUGCAGACCCACCAACGUGUAAAGACCCAUGAAAGUGAGGGUUUCUUUUCUCUCUCGACGCCGCGACAACAAUCGACAAACUCAUUGAUGCAUUUUUCGCCCACCGCUCAAGCUUCACUUCACAAUUUCUUGUGGAGCCCGCACGUCCAGCAUCAACCGCAGCUCCAGUAUCAGCAUUCUCGGGUCUAUUCAUUCAGUCACACCAGUUCGGAGAAGUCUCCGGGUAGUCCACCAGCUAGCGGCAGUCUCCUCCCGUUGGCUUCUGAGUCCCUGGAAUGGAUACAUCAGCAGUUACUUCUUCAACAUGGAAAUGCGGGUAACAUGCCUGUAUUUCCCUCUGGAAGCGCUGCAGGGGAGGCAGGGGAAAGUGGGGUAGUCCUACUACCGGCACGGCACAACGGCAUGUUGGAUGAAAACAGCAUUAGCAGCUUGAUUCUCACGUGUGCAACUAGCAAUCUUGAUACAAUACGGACCUGCCCAGAUGCCCCGCUAGACGGCUUUAUGGGAUCCUCCACGUUUACUACGAAUGGUGUAGUGACCCCACUGCAAUGA